CCCCGCCCGGCCCUCCGCUCUCCUCCCGCCCGCCGUUAGGGAGGCUUUGCGCUACAGCCGGUUCCUCCACCUCCACCGCCGCCGCCGCUCCCGCCCCAUCUCUUCCGUCUCCGCCGCCUCCACCUCCAGGAGAAUCCAGUGGUCGCUUACCGGGCUGGCCCGGUGCAACCGCCGUCGCUUCAGCCGGCCGGCACCGGUCGCCCCGGAAAAAGGGUCGCCGGCCGCGGAGCCACCUGGGCCCUCAAUUUUCGGCCUCUUGCAGUCGCCGCGGGUUCUGGAGAAGCGGCAGCGGCCGGGGAACGGGUCAUCGCGGUUCCAACGAUUAACUGCUGAAGUACUGAUCGAGUUCUGCGUUUCUUCAAUGAGGAACUACAGGCUGAUCUUCUGCCAUAAUCUCAAACAGCCAUAAAUGACAAAAGAAUGCUUGCUCAGUGAGGGUAGCUGGUGCAGAAGCCAUUUUUUAAACUUAGGUGUUUAAGUACUCAAAGAAAAGACAGCUUUGAUUUCUGGCUGCAAAAAAGAUAUGAGGAAGAGCUCCUCCCCUUCCUUGAGUAACUGCAACUCCGUUCUUGCUAACAAAAUAUUUGGAAUUCCACUUGAUGAGCUGCAGCAGGGAGGACAUCCAGACAAUGAGGUUCCGUUCAUAGUCCGCCACGUUGUGGACUAUAUUGAGGAACAUGGAGGUCUGGAGCAACAAGGACUUUUUCAAGUCAAUGGAAAUGCUGAGACAGUGGAGUGGCUUCGGCAGAGAUAUGACAACGGAGAAGAGGUGGAUUUGGUUAAGGAAGCAGACGUUCCCUCAGCUAUUAGUCUUCUUAGGUUUUUCCUUCAGGAGCUUCCUGAACCUGUUAUUCCUGGCAGUUUGCAUAUUCACUUGAUGCAGCUUUCUCAAGAUUAUAAUAAUGAAGAUGAAUUUGGAAGAAAGUUGAGGUUCCUCUUGCAACAGCUUCCACCUGUAAAUUACAGUUUGUUAAAGUUUCUGUGUAGAUUUUUAGCCAAUGUAGCAUCACAUCAUGAAGAAAUUUGGUCUGCAAGUUCUCUGGCUGCUGUCUUUGGUCCAGAUGUCUUCCACAUUUACACUGAUGUGGAAGAUCUAAAAGAGCAAGAAAUAGUGAGCAGGAUAAUGGCUGGACUUCUGGAAAAUUACUAUGAGUUUUUUGAAAAUGAAGAAGAUUUUUCAUCUAAUGAUUUGAGUUCAACUACUGAACAGGCAGGUAGCAGCGUUCUCCACAAGCUGGAGUCUGGAGAGCAGGCAUUUCACGAGGCCCUAGAGAAGGGAAUUACAGCAGUCAAAGAAAGAAGAGAUGUUAAUGAACUUUCUGAGGAAGAAGAAGAUGAAAAACUGGAGCAUAUAGAAGAACUUCCAGAAGAGGGUGCAGAGAAAUCAAAUGACAUUCCAGAGGUGGUACAGUUAAGAAUGACUGAAAACAUUAUGGAACCGAACAGUGUUACAGCUUCGACAAGUGCCCAUAUGUCUCCCAUCAGCAUCUUACCAGCCUCUGCAGACAUUUUAGAAAGAACAAUUAGAGCAGCUGUGGAACAGCACCUUUUUGAUCUGCAGAGCAGCAUAGAUCAUGAUCUUAAGAAUUUACAGCAGCAAAGUAUGGUGUGUAAUAAUGAAGCAGGAAGUAUUAAUUGUGAUGGGGAAGGAUCUAAUGACCAGGUUGAUAUUGCUGAUGAUAUUAUUAAUGCCAGUGAGAAUAACAGAGACUGUUCAGAGCCUGUGGCUAGCACUAAUUUAGACAAUGAAGUUAUGCAGCAAGAUUUUGUGUUUGAGGAUGAAGAAAAUAACCAGGCUGUAGGUAUACUGUUAGAGCCAUGCAGUGACCAUGGUGAUAGUGAAGAUGCCUGUUUUGAGAGGAAAGAAUAUUUGUCAUUUGACAGUGAUAAAUUGUCACACUUGAUUCUGGAUUCUAGUAGCAAGUUAUGUGAUUUGAAUGCCAACACUAAAUCAGAAGUGCCAGGAGGUCAGUGUGUUGGUGUUCAAGAUGAAGCAGCAUGUGUCCAAAUUCCACAUUUAGAUCUGAAGAACGUUUCUGAUGGUGAUAAAUGGGAAGCGUCAUGCCCUAUCACUUUUCCCCUCAUUGAUUUCAAAACAAUGCAUCUGCAGAGAGAUGGGGAGGAGCCGUUUCCUGCUUUUAAGUCUUGGCAGGAGGACUCUGAAUCUGGAGAAGCUCAGCUGUCUCCACAAGCUGGAAGAAUGAAUCAUCAUCCCUUGGAAGAAGACUGUCCUCCAGUAUUAUCACACCGUAGUUUAGAUUUUGGACAAAGCCAGCGUUUCCUACAUGAUCCAGAAACAUUGGAUUCCUCAUCUAAAGCACUUUCUUUUGCUAGGAUUCGAAGAUCAUCCUUUAGUUCAAAGGAUGAGAAAAGAGAAGACAGAACACCAUAUCAGUUGGUAAAGAAACUUCAGAAAAAAAUCAGACAAUAUGAGGAACAGUUUGAAAGGGAAAGAAAUAGCAAGCCCUCCUACAGUGAUAUUGCAGCCAAUCCAAAGGUAUUAAAAUGGAUGACAGAGCUUACCAAACUGCGGAAGCAAAUUAAAGAUGCAAAACACAAAAAUGCUGAUGGCGAAUUUGCACCUCAGACACGUCCUCGUAGUAACACUCUUCCAAAAAGCUUUGGCUCAUCUCUAGACCAUGAAGAUGAAGAGAAUGAAGAAGAAUCCAGGGUCAUUCAGAAGGAGAAGAAACCAUCUAAGGAAGCAACACUGGAACUUAUUCUGAAAAGAUUGAAAGAAAAACGUGUGGAGAGGUGUCUUCCAGAAGAUAUCAAAAAAAUGACAAAAGAUCAUCUGGUAGAAGAGAAAACUUCUCUCCAGAAAAGUCUUCUGUACUAUGAAAGUCAACAUGGAAGGCCGGUGACGCGGGAAGAAAGGCACAUUGUUAAACCUCUCUAUGAUAGAUACAGACUUGUAAAACAGAUGCUGAUAAGAGCUAGUAUCACUCCUGUCCUUGGAUCUCCAUCCACCAAACGAAGGGGUCAGAUGUUACAGCCAAUCAUAGAAGGAGAAACUGCACAUUUUUUUGAAGAAAUCAAGGAAGAAGAAGAAGAUGGUGUUAGUCUGUCAUCUGAGUUAAGUGAUAUCUUGAAAACUGCUGUACAGGCACAAUCAUUUUCAAGUUCAUUGGAAAACUCAGAAUCUGAUGUUGAAGAAAAUCAAGAAAAACUGGCCCUGGAUCUGCGAUUGUCAAGUACUCGAGCAGCUUCUAUGCCUGAAUUACUGGAGCAACUUUGGAAAGCCAGAGCUGAAAAAAAGAAACUACGUAAAACAUUACAGGAAUUUGAAGAUGCAUUUUAUCAACAAAAUGGAAGGAAUGCCCAGAAAGAGGAUCGUGUUCCAGUGCUUGAGGAGUACAGGGAGUAUAAGAAAAUUAAAGCCAAACUUAGGCUUCUUGAAGUUCUUAUCAGCAAACAAGAUUCUUCAAAAUCCAUAUAAAAUAUACUCCUAGAAAACAUCAUAAAAUCAUUUGUAUUUCCUGAAGCUGUCACCACGUGUACUUGGUUGGUACUUGAGUUCAUUUUGUCAGGCACUCAGAAUCUCAUUUUGUACUUGGUUGUGGUGCCACUAACGAAAUGAUGUGGAGGGUAAGUAGGCCCUCUCUAGGGAGCUUAAGUGAUGUUCCAUAUUAACCACAGACUGUCCUCUCUACCUUUCGCAAAAAUGCAGUUUCCUUCAUUGUUUUGUACUACAGAUACAUCCUGUUCCCAAAAGACUAGAAUUUUAUCCCUUCAACUUCAAGAACUUUGGAAAUACAAGCUUUUUGUUAUUAUCAACUUUUUUUUCAGUACUGAAGAAAGUUGAGAGGAAAAUGUUCACACCACACUGAAUUCUUCAGUUGCCUUUUUUUUUAACAGAAUGACUGAAAAUAUGAAAGAAAAGCCUAUAAAAGUGCACAUAUGCAACUGUGUUAUAUGUUUUCUUAGAAAACCAAAAUCAAACUGAAAUUUCAAGUCCUACUGUGGAACACCUUUCUGUUUAAUUCCCAAAGUGACACUUUCUCACAAGGUAGUAUGUUAGCAAAAUCUUGCAGUUCACUGGUCACACAGUUCCUGGAUGAAGAUAACAGUGGGUAGACCAAAAAGUGACCUUGCUUAGUAGGUUAAACACACACCACACAUUACAUACAGAACUGAAUCAUAUCACAUGCUGCCUGUGGGACUUAAGUUACUCUUUGUUUCCUCAGUUACUGUUUAUCAGCUGGUGAUGAUGUGAUUUGUCUGGAUCAGAUCCUGUGUUGUUGCCCCAACCCACCUGCAGAUAAUGUGAGACAAUAGCCAUGUCAGUAUGUAGGAAAUCUGAUGGUGCUCAGAUUUAUGUAGUCAAUCAAAUGGGCCUAAAUUGACAAAAUAAUCAUUAUGCCUAAAGUAAAUCUAUUCUUAACAAGGGCUAAUACCACUGCAUUUUUACAUGUACCCUCAGGGGGUUUGCAUCAUUUUUUUUUUCCUUAAUCAGAAUUCACAUACAGAAACACCCUUUAAAGGACCACCUUUUGCUAUUCAAAGCAGCUGGUCACAGGAUGUGUGGUGGUAUGCCCCUUGUCAUAUACUCUUAAGCAUACCUUUUUUAUUUUUCCUUUGGUUUUGCAUGGCUUCAGGUACUCUCUUGGUAUCAUUCUGCUAAUCAUUUUUACAGAGUGGUUGAUUUAUUUGUGCUAACAAAAAUAGUAGUCAUUAAAAACAGAUUCUGGCCAGGCUUAAUCAAAGUGUUAUUUUUUUCCUGGUGCUUUUUUGGAUUGAUGCUUGUUUCACUUUGUGGCCAUGUUUUGCAUGCAGUAACUCAUGCAUGGUUUUCUUGCUAAUAUUAACAGUUUGUUCCAUACAAAAACAGACUGGCAACAUCCUUUAAUAAGGUGAGGGAAGCAUGAACCUCAGACUUCUGGCACUAUUACAUAGUAAGCACAUGAAGUAGUUUCAUAAUAAAUAGUGUUUUCUAGUACUUCACAUUUCACCUGUGUGUGCAAUCCCUUUUGGUGGGGGAGGGAGGGGUAAAGUCCAUUGGUAGUGAAUGUGUAGUUGGGGAAUAAAAUAGCACUAAAUCCAGCCCUCUUUGUGUGGUUUCCUUUUGAUACAGCUAGGUAAUUCAUAAGGUAUACUUUAAAAAGUGAAACUGAAACCGCCAAAAGAUGUAUCACUUUGAUUUGAAUUCAUCCUGCAGUGUACAUUUCAGUUAAUUUCUUUCACUCUCUAGACAGGGGUGUAUUGAAACAUUAAAUUUAAUGUGCACUGUAUGUUGUUUUAUAUGAAUGUUUGUGUUUUAUAUACCACAUGCACAAAUGUCCAUAUGCACUAUUUAAAUGUUUUAAAUAAUAUAUUACUUCUUUAUAAUGCUUAAAUCUAUAUGAGUACCAUAUUUUUAUAUGUCAGUGGCCUGACUGGUCUCAUUUUAGAAUUAACAGCUGCUUUGUGAUGUUUGUUAUUCAUUGUUAAUGUUUGGCUGUCAAAUAGAAUAGAUAAAAAUGGCAUGGCAGCACUUAUGCUAUGUGAAAGUAUUGUGUGUCAUACUUGUACAAUAGGUGGUAGAAUUAGGCAAUUUGAGAUAGUUUUACUUUAGUACAAGAAAAAGUGUAUAUCUAUAUACAAGUAAUAUAUAGAUAUAAAUUUCCACCAGUAUAAUUGCAUUGCUGUGUCUGGCACUUCAUUGUAUAGACUUUUGUAAUAAAAGAACUUUAAUCUUUAAUGUUCUAAGUCAUUGUAAAUGUCUUUUGUUUGUUUUACAUUAGAUGUUAAAAAAGAAAAAAAUGGAGAUCUCAGGUGUUCCCCAUCCCUAAUGCUCUUAAGGCUUUAUUUGAGUUAUCCCAGAGACCAUGUAGGGGGACAACAGGGUUAUUGAACCACUUGGGGGCUGGCUGUCGCGCUGGGGAGUGGUAAGGCACGGAAAGGCCAGUUGUUGAUUCCCUUGGAUAUCUAGGGAGAAAAUGCAGAGGACAGUCAACAUUUAAUGCUGCUUGGGCUAAGAGAAUAUGUGGCCCUUCUAGUAGGGCAGAUAUAGCCUAGAAAAAUUGAUGUUUCCGUUUAAUUUCCAAAUUGCCAACCAUAUACAAUUUUCCAACCAUCCAAGCAGGACCCUUGCAGCACCCUCAGUUACACUUUUAAAACCUGAUUGACUUCUUAUGACCCUGAUACUCCUACCCCAAUCUUUGAGUACAUUUUGCUUUUAAACUAGUUGAGGACACGUUUGAGAAACUUUGUGCAAUUCUAGAAAUUGUUUAGAUGAAUUUGUAUUUUGAAGAUAUUAGUGAAGUUCCUGCAAAUGGUUGGGAAUUUAUUCUACACUUUGGCUGUUUUAAGGAGACUUUGAAUUGGGAAGAAUGGAUGUGAGAUUAUUUUACUUGGGAUUGCAUAUACUGGUUUUCCAGAAUCCUAAGCAUUUAUUAAUUUAUAUAUGGCUAAAGGAAGUCAGAAUAUGCUACAUUAUGCACUUGAAAGCACUAACAGUUCUUAUACUCUGUGUAACUAUAAAAAAACUCUUUUUUUACCAACUUACUCUUUACUAUUAAUUAGAAAGAGACUCACCCAAUAAAUAUAAGCAGCAUUAUUUUGUACUUUACAUUCCAGAGAAUUUAUAACUUCAUUUUGAAAUCAGCGGUGUGUGUGUGUGUGUGUGUGUGUGUGUGUGUGUGUGUGUGUGUCUGUCUGUCUGUCUGUCUGUCUGUCUGUUUACUCUGGAAGCAUAUUGUAUACAUGGGAUUGUACAGUGAGUUCCAUUUAGGAGUGCUUAAUUCUUGGAAAUCAUUUGAUUAUCAUUGGCCCUUAGGAUAGUGUGAUGAUUGGUGAUUUAGUGCUUUUAAGGUGUGCCUGAAUUGAGGACAAGUUUAAGAAAUUAUUCAUUAUAUGAAUAUGUUGUGAGACCUGCUCACUGAUUGCAUCUCACCUUUACUUGUCUUGAUUUUGUAUAGCUGAAAGCUUUCUCAUCACUUGGUUUAAUUUUAAACUGACGUAGUGUAAUUCCUUCUCCAGUUCCACGGCAUAUAAAAAGAGUCUAGAAGAUAAUUUAGAAGGAAGAAGAGAAUGAGUCAGUAAUACGCUUAAAUGCAUCGAGAGACACAGGUUAUUAGUGCCUAUUGUAAAUGCUGUGAGUGGGAAGAUAGUAUUGUAAGCUCCUAAAAUAUGCCCUGUAUGGCCAGUUAUGUAUCUAAAAUUCUAAAGCUGUGAAGAAUGGUAUCAGCUAUGCAUAUUAAAUGUCAAUGGUAGUUCUUAUUAUUUAGAGAUGGGAGAUAGAAGCAGUGGGCUCACUUGUCACCUUAUAUUUAGUCAAAUGCAAUUUUCUGCUUUCUGUUUAAUUUGAAAUAUGGGUAAAAAAUGGAGGGGGGGGUACACCCAAAUACCAGUGGCAUCUCAAAGAAUAAGAUUCUGGGUUCAGGAAAAAUGUGAUUCAUGUCCCCAACCCCCAUGUCAUGAUAUUCCAUAGUAGGCUGAUUGGAACAAAUGCUUACUCUCGAAAUUCUUGUUGUGUGACAGGCUGGUAGUCAUCUUCAAUUUCUGCAGAAUAAUACUUUUUCUCAAGUCUCUCUUUCCAUUUUUUCAUCUGCUCUGCACUCUGAAUUUCCUGUCAAGUUAGUAAAAAAAAAGCGUAAGCUACAACCUUUAAAAAUGUCUCUAUUUCCAGUCUUUGGCCACAAACAUCACAGGGGUGAGAAUCUUGAACUAUUCUCUUCUGUUCUCCAGGCCUCUUGAUUUUGAGUCCCACUGGCUAUCCUUUUUUUUUUUUAAUAGGGUAUUUUAAAGUUGUAAGUAUCAACUCUCGUUUCAUUGCCUCUUCCCUUUUGUGUUUCUAGUUGUUUUUUCCUGAUUUUCUCCUUUCUUCCCUUGGCCAAGGCUGAGAUGAUGUUCUUUGUACCUCUGCUCUUUAAUAAAGCAAGGGGCUUCAUAAUACAUGGGUGGCUAUUCUUUGCCUUCCCAAUUCUUCUCAGUCAGACUACUGCAAUCCUACUUUAUAAUAAUCCCAAAUCCCCUCUUUUUAGUUACUGCCUUGGUUAGUCAACUUCUGCAUUCCAAUCUGUUCACAUACCCAAAAAUAAGCUCCUUGAACCAGAAAACUCUUGUUACUGCAGGCUUCUCUUAUCUUAAUGAAUGCCUUCCAUGCUUUGUGCUCACUACUAACUACCCAUUUUCUUUACUGUGUCCAAACACCUUCCUUCCAACUCCAGAAAACAGAUCUAUGCAUGGUGGAAGUUAAGGAAAGAUAAAGAGGAGACAGUGCGCCCAGAAUAUGAUUCAAAAGCUUCUUGAUAUUAGGGUAUCAUACUUCCAUGCUGCAGCAAUAAUGAUAGGUAGCAAGGUCCCUGUGUAAGGGUUCUGAUGAUGAUGCCUGAGUUCAUACCCUCCGUUUGCCUGACAAGGGUGUUCUGUUCUAGCCAGAGAAACUAAUGUGUUAUAUCAAGAAAGUGCCUUUCUUUAAACCAACAUAUCUGAGGCAAGCAAAGAAAACUUUCAGUUUUCCUAGCUUUAUUUUUUU